CUUGUGAAUAAGUUUAUCUAAGAAGGGAGCAAUUUGUGACAUGGAUAAAAUGCUAGGGUUUUCUUAGCAAUCGUCGCCGAAUAUAUCCAAUUUCUACACGAUCAGGACCAGCCAAAAACCGAGCAGGUAGUUCUCAGUACGUGGUUGGUAUCCUUCAAAGCCGUUGCUUGUGAAAAUUACAGUUUGUUGCCCCCCUUAGGGCAUAUUGGUUCUCAUUCGUUGAACUUCAAGUAGUUUUGUUUGCGUAAAGGUCACCGUAUGGCCACAAAGAAACUUAUAGCUAUUUGUCAAUCUGGGGGUGAGUUUGAGACCAAUAUAGACGGGUCUUUGUCAUACAAUGGCGGGGAGGCCUAUGCACUGGACCUUGAUCAACAAAUGCAGUUAAGUGACUUCAAGCAGGAACUAGCUGAAACAUUUCAUUGCAGUGUUGACGGCAUGUUGAUCAAGUAUUUCCUCCCCGGAAACAAAAAGACUCUUAUUACAAUAUCCAAGGACAAGGACUUCAAGCGCAUGGUGAACUUCUUUGGGGAUUCUGACCAGGUGGAGGUAUUUAUCAUGGCAGAUGGAGUUGUUGCUCAAAAUGUAUCAAACAUGCCUGUUAGCAGGUCGAGCAGGACAACUGUUUCAGAAGCAAUGGUUCUUGUUGAUGUCCCUGUUGAUACAAUGAGUGCUGAUGACCCAAUCGAUAUGGACGCACCUAUUGAGACAAGCCCAACUAAUGCUCUUGCCGAUAUUAUUGGUGACAAUUAUUGUAGAGCUGCAAGUCAGUGGGAGAAUGCGAUCACUGGGGUGGACCAAAUAUUUUGUAGUUUUGCAGAAUUUCGUGAAGCUUUGCGUAAAUACUCAAUUGCACAUGGAUUUGCUUACAAGUAUAAGAAAAACGAUAGUCAUCGAGUAACCGCCAAAUGCAAAUCAGAUGGUUGUCCGUGGCGGAUAUAUGCAUCCAGAUCAGCCACUACCCAGAUAAUCUGUAUUAAAACAAUGAGACCGACACAUACAUGCGAAGGAGCUGCUGUAAAAGCUGGGUAUCAGUCGACAAGGGGCUUGGUGGGAAGUAUCAUAAAGGAGAAGUUGAAAGUUUCUCCAAACUACAAGCCAAAGGAUAUUGCCACCUACAUCAAACGGGAGUAUGGGAUUCAACUGAACUACACUCAGGCGUGGCGUGCAAAGGAGUCGGCGAGGGAGCAACUUCAGGGUUCAUAUAAAGAGGCAUACAGUCAGUUACCAUAUUUUUGUGAAAGGAUUAUGGAGACUAACCCAGGUAGUAUUGCUACAUUUGCCACAAAGGAGGAUUCGAGUUUUCAUCGUCUCUUUAUAUCAUUUUGUGCUUCAAUGUCUGGUUUCCAGCAAGGUUGCCGGCCUCUCCUUUUUCUUGACAGCACCCCCCUGUAUUCCAAGUACCAAGGGACCUUAUUAGCUGCAACAGCUGCAGAUGGGAAUGAUGGUGUGUUUCCAGUAGCUUUUGCUGUAGUAGACGAGGAAACUGAUGACAACUGGCAUUGGUUUCUAUUGGAGUUGAAAUCUGCAGUAUCAACCUCUCGACCGAUUACAUUUGUUGCAGAUUUCCAGCAGGGCUUCAGAGAUUCAUUGCAUGCAAUUUUUGACAAUUGCCAACAUGGUUAUUGUCUGCGCUAUCUUGCUGAGAAACUUGAUAAAGAUUUGAAAGGGCAGUUUUCCCAUGAAGCAAGACGCCUCAUGGUUCAAGACUUUUAUGCUGCUGCUUAUGCAACUAAAACUGAAGCUUUUGAACGUUGCACUGAAAACAUAAAAGCUAUCUCGCCUGAAGCUUACGAUUGGGUCAUACAAAGUGAGCCUGAACACUGGGCAAAUGUGUUUUUUGGGGGGGCAAGAUAUAAUCAUAUGACGUCUAACUUUGGAGAACUGUUUUACAGUUGGGUAUCAGAGGCAAUUGAGUUGCCAAUAACUCAGAUGGUUGAUGUGUUACGAGGGAAGAUGAUGGAGUUGUUUUACACCCGGCGGGUUGAUUCCAAUCAAUGGGAAACAAGGCUGACACCAUCUAUGGAGGAAAGGCUACAAAAUGAGACUUCGAAAUCACGUUCGCUUCAAGUGUUACACUCGCAUGACAGCAUAUUUGAAGUUCGUGGAGAAUCUGUUGAUCUAGUGAACAUCGAUCAUUGGGACUGUAGCUGCAAAGGAUGGCAGAUUACUGGAUUGCCUUGCUGCCAUGCUAUUGCUGUUUUUGAAAGGCUUGGUAGGAGUGCAUAUGAUUAUUGCUUGCAGUACUUCUCAACUGAGAGUUACCGCCUUGCAUAUGCGGAAUCAAUUCUCCCUGUACCAAAUGUAGAAAAAUCAGUGGAGAGUCAACUGACAGAGGCGGCAGUUACUGUAACUCCACCAGUUAAACGUCCAGCAGGCAGGCCAAAGAUGAAGCAGACUGGAUCUGUAGUAAUAAUCAAACGCCAACUCCAGUGUAGCAGUUGCAAGGGCCUUGGCCACAAUAAGAGGAAAUGCAAGUAUGUGUACGCCUGCAAGGCACUAGAGAGUGAUGCAUCAGAUUCUUUAGCCUUGGCAAGUCCGACAAGCUACAUGACCUAAGGGAAACACAUGAUAUUUGGUGCCUUCUCUUCGGAUUUGGUACUUAUUCUCACUUAUUGUUUCCUUUUCCUAGACGUGAGCUAUGCUUACCUGUGAACUAUUUUGUAACAGAGACACUCUUGUCAGAUUUCUUCCUAUGAUUCUUCUAGCUGCUGUUCGAUAGAAAUCAUGCCUUGGUCAAUUUCUUUCGACUAUAAUACCGUGAACUGUUGACCUUUUUA